UAUAUCAAGUUUUUCUUGUGGCAGUAUAUCUACUAAGAGCACAUGAAACAUCGAUUGGCAUUUGUAGAGUGACGUAGUUUCAACAACAUCAUGUUAGUGCAAUAAAAAUAUGAACUAUGUACCAACAUAUAUACAGAAUGAAUUUAUGUUGCGGAUUUAUCAUAACAAAUUAUCCACUCCUAAUUCUAUCGAACCAAUUUGAGUAUAUUUUGAAAAGAGAAGAAGGCAAAAGGCUGAAUGCGACAUUCAAGAUAGUUCCAUAUUGUGGGAUACGCAUGUGCAUAGACAAAUGUCUCCAAAACUCUGGAUGUCGGUCAGUGAACUAUAAUUCGAAGUCUUUGGCGUGCGAGCUGAAUUUUGUGGGCCACAGUUCUUAUCCAUCUCUGUUACAGUCCGCAGUUGAAUUUGAAUAUCUCCAUAUUGCCACCGAGCACUUGGAAGAAAAUUGCAGUGUUCAGAAUGUUGAAUGCGUAGCUUUGCAUACAAGUGAGAAAAAAUGCAUCCGAUCCUCAUCUAAAAUGGUUGCCCCUGAGAACGUUGCAUUGGGUAAAAUUGUUUACUCUUCUUCCGUCUAUGAAGAAAAUUAUGCAGAUCAUGAUGUUAAGUACAUUGUUGAUGGGAAUUCUGGGAGAGCGUUUGGAAUUUGUGGAUCAACAUAUAUCGAGAUGAAACCAUGGAUACUGAUCGAUCUAGGUCAAGUUUACCAAAUCAGAAAAUUGAACGUCGUUGUCUUUAAUAUGGGUUACCCGGACACUACAUGUGCGUUCUAUGACAUCAGAAUUGGUUUGACAACAAACACAAGCGAAAUGACUCUCUGCAAUACAGACAGCCAAUAUGUAUCCAAGAUAGUUGAAUGUCAACAAUGCAUCGUGGGACAAUUUGUCCACUUUCAGUUAAAUAAUAAUGUCAACUGUCACCUUCAUAUCUGUGAAGUUGAGAUAUUUGCGGUAAAGCAUAUGUUGUAGACACAUCGCGAAUCACAUCAUUGUUCGUGGGAGAUCAAUGUUAAUUAAUUUCUUAGGUUAUUCUGACCCACGAAUUUACAUUUCAACAAACGUGUUUCCAAAUAUUUCUUAUUUUGCUUGAAAUAAUAGUCUCUAUCAGGAGAAAAAUGUCAGAACUCCUAAAUUCAAGACUAAGUUGUUUAAACAUUAAGAAGUGACCUUGAAACAUCAAAUGGAAUUUUCUUUUAUCUAUUAGAUUUAAAAAACAACCCACUUACUCAUGUAAGUUAUGUGUUUACUUUUUUGU